AUGCAUAUGCUGCCAAGAUCCCAGGAGGUCAACAUCAGGAGACUUUACGGAAGUGCAAAAAAGGCGAUUGAUGAGAUCGCGAAGGAAAAAACUGAAACGCAGAAAUUGGAGGCGGUCGAGAAACUGGUAUAUGAGAGUUUUUUAGGAAAUGAUGGGAAGUUUGGUCAGGGAUCUGAAACUGCUGCGAGAGAUGCGUCAAAAUUUACCCCGGAAACUGUGUCGAAUUUCACCCGAGACAUUGUGUCUGCGACGACGAAUGCCGCUGCGAAUAAGCCUACCCAAGCUUCCCUUGAACCAUCUGACAAUCUGAAGAAGAUUACCAAGGGUCCUGGUCUUCAAGCAUCGUUUCGCAUGGAUGCACAUGACUUUCUUGUAUACUGGCAUUGGUUCGUGAUAACAUAUGUUCCAUUGGAUAUGGCGACCAUAGUAAAUUCUUGGUUGGAGCGAGGUCAUAUCACUCUCUGGGGCUAUUACAGGGCAGCUGUUGACGGGAAGGUCCCCAAAUUCGACAUGGCUACCUUUGACAAUUGUGAAAAUAUCAAGAAGAAAGAUCUAAACUCUCAAAACUAA